AUGUCAUCCAUCACCGGCCGCGCAGCCUUCAAAGCCACCCGCGCCCUCCGCCGCCCCUCCGGCGUCAACGCCGGCGACCGGCGAACCGGCGAACCGGAAUCCCUUCUCCGCAAAAUCACUCACACCGACACCUACAACAAAGGCGAGCGUACCCUACGCAAGGGCGCCAAGCGGGACCCCGAGCUCUACAUUCUCUACGCCAUCACAGCCACCACGAUGGCUGGAACGGGAUGGUACCUGCCGCGAUUUGCGCAGACGCUGUUCGGCGAGGUGCUCGAGGUGCCGCAGGUGCCGGAGUCGGAGCCGUGGAAGAGCAACGGGGCGAAGGAGGGCAAGUACAAGUUCUAUCCGUACGGAGACCCGAGGAGGGGCGAGAGGGAGGCGCCGAGUGCGAUGAAUACGGUUAUUGUGCCGAAUGUCAACUUGCCGAAGAAGUUGCAUGAUAUCUACAACAAGUACGGGAAGCCGGAGUGGGAUGUCUGA